CUGAAGAAAUGGACUCUGCACAAAGCACAAUUACAUCGAUUUGUGUUCCCUCCGUCUCUCCCAACCUUUUGCCUUACUUAUAUCAGAACGUGGAGACUUCAUUAGUAUAUUUUCGAUUGGAUUUGAACAAUUCCAAGUUAUUAAAAGAAAAGAGGUCGUUUUUAUUUAUUGGUGAUCUUCUCUCUUUCACAACCUUGAGUCAACCAACAUAUUAACCUUCUUCAUCUAGAAAAGUUCUAUCGUCAUCUUGGGGUUUCUACAAAUCUGAGUAGAAGAAAAUGGAAGGUGGGUUUUAUUCAGACUGGAAUGAUAGUUCUUCAUCGUUGUUCGGAUCAGAGAAUCUGGAGGAAGAGUUGGACGAGGGAAAUGUGAGAAGUGAAGAGAUUUUCUCCCAGAUUUAUCAGCCUCAGACACCAAGGGAGCCAAUGAAGUUCCUGUCCAGAUCAUGGAGUCUAUCUGCUUCUGAAAUCUCCAAAGCUUUAGCGCAGAAGCAGAGACAACGGCGAGAUCUGUUUUCUGUUUCCCAGAACAGUCUUAGAGUCUUCUCCCAAGAUGUUGCUGCAGAUCCACUCAUGGCAGAGAAGAUCAUGUACUCAGCUGGGGCACGCAGAUCAGGGAGAUUAUCAAAGUGGUUUCACCACAAGCAACACACCAACCAAAGCAACAUGAGGAUUCCAAAGAAAAAAGAUAAAGCGCGGGUAGAGAAAGCCCGUGUUCACUCAGCUGUGUCCAUUGCUGCUCUGGCAGCUGGGUUAGCGUCUGUAACCUCUGAGGAAAGCUGCAGCAAAGAGUCAAGCCACACGAUGGCACUGUCUCUAGCCUCAGCAACAGAACUACUGGCUUCGUACUGCAUUGAAAUGGCUGAGCAAGCAGGUGCUGAUCACAACUGUGUUGCUUCCACGGUUCGGUCUUCCAUCGAUAUCCACAGCCCUGGAGAUCUCAUGACUCUGACAGCCGCGGCUGCAACUGCAUUGAGAGGAGAAGCGGCUUUAAAGGUGAGGCAUCCAAAGGAAGCAAGGAGUAAUGCAACUAUCACACCUUGCGAGAAGAGCUUCUCAGAUUCUCACUGGCCCGUAUAUUGUCAGUAUAGAUUAGAGGAACCAAAUCUUCCUCUAGAGGGCGAACUGGUGCAAUGUGCACGAAAUGGAAUGCAGCGAAUAAAGCGAGUCUGUGUCUAUAUCAACAAGAAGUCUCAGGUCAAACUCAAAAGCAAACACGUUGGAGGGGCAUUCUCUAAGAAGAUCAAAUGCGUAGUUUAUGGAGUCUGCGACGAGAUAUCUGCAUGGCCUUACAGAAAAGAGAGGGAAAAUUCCGAAGAAAUCUAUUUUGGUUUGAAAACAGGACAGGGUCUUUUGGAGUUCAAGUGCAAGAGUAAGAUUGAGAAGCAAAGAUGGGUUGGUGGGAUUCAGACUAGUCUCCAGAAAGUACAAUGCCUCGAGGCCGCCAAAUGCUCCCUGGAAUCUCUGAGUCUAAGCGAUGGCAUGCGGUAGAUAGUCCUGUAAAUACUUACUAUUCCCAAGUUUUUUCUGCUGCAAAUAAAUCAUCAAUCUUACAGAAAAUUCGUAUAAUAUUCUCUUGUAUUGUUCAUACAAAAAAUCAGAUGAGAAUCAGUCAUUGGUUUUGUAACUAGAAUACAACGGUCUUGUUUGUGCCAUAAGGUAAUACCCGUAGUUCACAGUAUGAUUUUAUAGCUUUCGUGAGGCAUUUUUUCUCUAGGUCCUCAGACUUCUGGACAA